AUGAGUAAAUUAGGUUUGGGUGCCAGUGGCAAAGAGACAAGAAUGCUCACAUCUUUGACUGUUGAGAGCUUCUCGUGGGCCAGGAUGAGUGCGCACGCCAUAGGAAGUGUUGUUGCGGUAAUCACAAUGGCUCAUACCGUUCAAAGUGAUUUGGAAACUGAGAACGACUCCGAAGCCUUGAAGACCUCCUUACUGGAUGGUCAGAAGGCAACUCUGGCCAACGAACUACCGGCCGAACUCCUCGUGCACAUCUUUGAAACGGCACAAAAGAUGUUCUUUCCAUUGGACAAACAUAUGUCCUGGCGCUUUCCUUUCGUCCUUGGGAAUGUGUCGCGCUAUAGGCACCAAGUCGCCUACGGGGCACCGACGCUGUGGUCGAACGUGGAUAUCUCGCUUCUCCAAGAUUUGGGUGGUUUACAGGUCUGUCUUAGCAGAUCCAAGGACUCCCCCAUCGAUCUCAACAUUACCUUUACCCCGGCUGUAAGCCAGAGAGACGUCAGCACGCUCAUAGGUAUCUUACAACCUCAUUAUCGACGUUGCCGUUCCAUCAGAGUCAAGUCUGAUUCCUCAAGUUACGAAUUCCACACGAAGAUUCCGAGCAUUCUUGGCUCGAUGUGCCAAGGCCAUUAUCCAAUGCUCCAGCACAUCUGUGUGGAGGGCUUUGAGGAGGGCUUUGAUAUAAGUGUGGAUUUACAACCGUUCGCAAUUGUAGCUGACGCCGUUAACCUGACGAGUACAGACACCUCCAGUCAUACCUCUUUCCCUCUUACUGCUGUAACACAGCUUCAUCUGGCGCCCUCAAAUUAUACGCUGGUUCUCUACACUGACUUCUCCAACAUGUUGUGGUCCUGUCGGUCCUUGGUCACAUUGUGUGCCUACAACGAUUUCAUCGUCGAAUGGCCUACCGAUCCCAUCAUCCCCAUGACACCCAUGACAUGCCCUUCCUUCGUUACAUACGCCUCCUUGGAUAUGAGGAAGUUACUCAACUUCUACGGACUCACCAUCGCUCCAAUUGUUUCGCGCGACCUCAGGGGGGAAACUAGUGACACUCCUCGUUUUCCGGUGUUAAAAUCGCUCACCCUUGCACCCGCUUACGUCGACUCAAACAUUGUAGACCUCGCCAAUGCUUGCUUCCCAGGGAUCAAGUUGCUUAUUCUUCCCAAUUAUGACAAACUUUCUGACUGUUUUAAAAUGACGGACUCUCGGCCAUUUUGGCCUGAGCUGGACGGUCUCGCUGUCCGUGACAUUCAUGACCAAGCAUCGCCAACGUUUGGGUGUGCCCUUGCGCUCGCUGUACCUGGAUCCCUUGUCAAUAUCAAGAAUGACCCGAAUGGACUGGCUAAAGGAUCAAUUGUCGGUGGAGGCAGAUCCAUGGAAGACACAACGUGA